UUCACUCUCGUCGAGGCGCAACAGCGUCGUCGGCGUCGUGUGUCAGGCCAGUGCCGCCGCGCCUCUGUCGAGGGCUGCACCUGUAAGCACGAAUCGCGAAAACCUCCGCGAGUGCGCCCGAUCGUUACUCUGUCUGUCUCGAUAGUAUGCAAUGCAGAGUUUGAACCUAUUUUAAUGCGCUAAAUAUUUAAAUCGUGUUGUGAUUUUUUUAAAACUAUUUUUAGAUCUGGCGCGUUUCCUAAGUUUGAUGCUUCUCCAACUCUCGCUAUAGACGUCAACGUUAUGUUUUGGUUAUUCAGUGUGUGGUGUCUCAGUGCCAAAAUCGUAAAUUUAGUUGCAAUAAAUACUCAGAAAAAAUAUUUUAUUAAAUAGCAAAAAUGAGGUGAAUGGUGAUCUGUGCAGUGGUUUCUUAGAGAAAGUCUUGAACUGUCGCCUCGCCCAACAAAUUUCACCCUAGCGUAAAUGUUUAUUGAAAUUUGAUUUCGUAACUUUCGUUUGUAUACAUUCGUGACUUACAAGAACUUACACAAUGUGUAUCUAUGUAUGUACAUAGAAUUUCAAUGUUUUGAUAUAAAGUCACAGGUGUGCGCUGGUUGCAUCCUGAUGUUCAAUUUGUGUUGGCUAGACGAACCACGCAAUCUUUUUGGAACGUGACCCAUACACGAUUAUUGACGUGUGUUAUAUAUUUGGUCGCAGUUAUUUUAUUGGGGUCGAAUUAGUACUGCCAAGGUUGACGGAGCAAGCUCGGUUGGAUAGCAGUCGUCAUUUAGCAGAGGCGCGUGAUGCGCACAUUUCGGGCAUCGUUGCUAUGUACACCGUAAAUAAUAAUGAUCUAAUUGUGCUUUCCUCGUGAAUCAAGCUAUUUCUAAAUCUGCUUUAUCCGUGUAGAUUUCUUGAUCAUCAGUGAAAUCGUGUAUACUGGCAACUUUCAACGAUUUCUACAGGGCCCUCCUUUCGUCUGUGCGGCAAUGUAGCGGAAUAGGCCAAUGUCAAUAGCCAUCCUAAACGUGGGACAUUGAGUAGAAAGAAAAUACAUCACCAUGAGCAAUUAUGAAGAAAGAUAAAUUAAUUAAAAAUUAAAAUGCCUCACUACGAUGAAAGUUUUAUACAUCAUGAUAAUCAAAAUCAGCGUAGAAACAAGAGAAGUUACCAUGUAUAUAAAAGUGGAUUAAAUCCUUUAAGUUUUCUGGAGUCAAAGGAUGUGAUACAUGCCCUUGAAGAGAGAGGGACUUCUGUCAUAAAACGCAACAUAAAAAAUAUUAAGCACCGCCAUAAACUCGACACAUCCUUUUCAGCCCAACGCAUACAACCUCCGUCAAAUGCAAUAAAGCAAAAGACUCCUGAUAUAAUAAUUGACCAUUGUCCUCGGGUCACCGUAUACAAUAAUAAUAAGCACUAUGAUUUGAGAAAUAACAAUUUACCGCUAUCUUCGUGUAAAAGUUAUGAUAACUUAAAUUGUAAAAGUUUGAAUAGGAAUGAUUCAUUUAAAGAAAGAAUUAGAAAUGGUUUAAGCCUUCAAAAUUUGACUGACGAGGGUCAACUCAAAUAUUAUGUUUCACCUUCAGUUGAGGGAUUGUCAGUAACAUAUAAAGAAGAUACCAAGAAUUAUUCAGUGGUUGAUGCUCAAAGGAGAGCAGGUCAACGGUAUAUUUCGAGAGGCACGUUAGCUCCAGGUGUUGGCGUAUAUCGCAAAAUUAGCAACGAAAAUGGAUACGACGAGGCUUGUGGGGAGCCAGGGUCGGGGCACCGUGGCUCAUUGCGGGGCGCCAACAAACUGGCGCGCCGCGCUCGCUCUUUCAAGGACGACCUGCUGGAACGCAUCUCCAACAUGAGAUCGCCAGCACAGGCACACCACCCACCACACCUCUCAUCGGCUCUCAGAUCACAUUCUCCACUUAGCCCGAAGCUUCGGAAUAUGGGAGCGAAAUCCGUCACAGCCGAGGAGGGGGAAAUCACGCCUGCCAAAGAACUGGAACGGCUAGUCAAGGAGGUUACAGUUGGACUGAAACACUUUUCAGAUGUUAUUACGAAGAGGAUACUUGAAAUGCUCCCCGACAAUGGAACCAUUGUAUUCGAAUCGAUUGCAAAUAUUCACAAAGCGAUAAAGCCUUACUGCGGGCGGUCGCCGCAGCUGACUAGCGCCGUGAAGCGGUUGUGCACAGCGCUGGCGAUGCUGAUCCGGCUGUGCGACGAGAUCACGGCGAUGAGCCUCCGGGCGGAGUCGGGGCACGAGGAGCUGGACGCGGCGGCGCCGGCGCUGUCGCCCGAGCACGUGGGCCCCGUGGUGAAGGCGGUGACGGCCGCCGUGGAGGAGGUCGCCUCGCUCGCGCAGCAACACAUGACCAGGCCCGCCCUCUCCCCGCGACCCGCUCUAGUGUCGCCCCGAGCGUCCACACAAAGGAAUUCUCUACCAGAUAUUCCGCUGACGCCGAAGGAGCGUUCCCUGCUGACGGGGGAAAGCGCGGCAGAGCCUGGCGUCCGCGCCUCGCACUCCUCGGAGUCCGUGCUCGAUGCGCCGGACACGCCGCCGCCUAAACCCGCCAGGCCUAAUCGGAAAAUCGAGUUGGCCCCUCCGCUACCGCCGAAGCGCAAAUCUGCAAACGACAACUCCCUCCUAGCCUUGUCUAUUGAUAGGCUAUCACUGCAGUCCCACAGUAGCGGGUCAUUGGACUCUAUGCUAAAUGUAUCCAAUGACGAAGAUCGCAGCGGGCAGGAGGCGAACAACCACGAUCACGUGUUCACUACCACCACUAAUGAUAUUAUUGGUCUGUGCAGCUGCGCGGGCGACGCGCGCGUGUCGCUGGACGCGCCGGACGCGGCGCACGCGCACGCCAACCACAAUCGGUAUGUCUACCAUUUCUCAAAUGAAUCUGGCUUCGUGUCGGUCGGUCACACAGAAAUAACGACUGAACAGAAUUUUACAUCCUCAUUCUCGUCGCAUCACUACUCCAGUCAUUCAGACAGUCGUUUUUUCGACAGUACAGACAGUGUGAACGAAAUGAAGUGCACACUGCAAAGCUUUGAGAGCCGCAUGAAUAUGAUCAAUAUGAACAGUGUAACCACGCACCAUUCUUCAAAAGUGGCGCGCGCGACGUCGGAGGAGAGCGAGACGCCGCCCGAGCUGCCGGUGAAGCGCCGCAACGUGCGCGCCGAGCUGCAGCAGCACUUCCCUAACGUCGAGAUCAGACAAAGUCCACUGUGUUCAGUACACGGAGAAACGCGGCCACACACGCUGGCGGACCACAAUCCCCCGCGCCCGCCGCCUCUGCCGCUCAAGAAAAAACACAUGUUCCAAAGCGUCGCGUACAGCGUAAUGGCGUACAUGGAGAUGUUCGGGAAUUGCAGUCACCCGCCGAACAACGCCGCGGCGCCACCCGAUUUGUUCCGCCAUUCCAUUCACACCUACAACUUGGGAUGUGGGCAACAUACAGGCGCCGGAGCAGUGAGCAUGCAAAGGCACGUUCAACGUUCUAUUGCGCAGUCAUUUACCGUGCAACAUUUUGGCGCGCCGCCACUGAGUGGUUCAGAUGAAAGUAUGCUGGCGUGUUCAUUACCUCUAGUAGAGCCACCGCCUGCGCUUCCGCCUAAAGUCAACAAAAAUAAACAGGUUCAAAUAAACUCUAGUAACGAACUUCUGCCUCCGCCGUCACCGCGGCCCUCUUCACAUAAUAGUUCCGCCGACGAAUCUAUUUUUAAUAAUUUGAGUUGUGACGAAUCACUGGUAAAUUGUUCAACGCCGGGUAAAUUUCCACUUGAAGAUGAGCCUGAGAUCAUCGUCCAGCCGCCGGCGCCAUCUCCCGUGCCAUCACAGCGAAGUGAAAGCAGUAUAGAGCCGCCGCCGCCGCCGCCGCCGCCGACGUCCGAAAUGAACAGUUCUCCGUUGCCGGCGGACGCGGACGACAUCAUCCUGCAGACCGACAUCAGCGCGUGGCUGCUGCUCAAGGCGCCCAGCAAAGACGGGCCCGAGGUCCGCGGCGGACAUCCCGACGCACUCAUCGUACUCGCCACUAAGGCUACCAAAGAAACGGACGAGUAUUUUGCUUACCAGGAAGCGUUCCUGGCGACCUACCGCACCUGGGUGUCCCCCAGCGGGCUGGUGGCGCGGCUCGUGAGACGCGCACACCACUACCGACAACGAACACAUGAACUGCGUUCUACGCUCAGCCUCCUCACCAGGGUCGUCGCUGACCUCACGAUGGCUGACUUAGACCGACCGCUUAUGCAAGAAAUUAUGGAGUUUAUUUAUUGGUUGGUCGAAGUAGAAGAACUUCCUAUAGCAAAGGCCUUGAGGCAAAUACUAGUCGAUAAACAGAAACAGUUACGAUAUCAACAAACAAACAACCGCUAUGAAGACACUCCAUGCUAUGGCAGCGUGUCCCUCCGGCGGGACACGUUACUCGACUUCAAGGCAACAGAACUGGCGGAACAGAUGACGUUACUGGACGCGGCGCUAUUCAUUCGUAUCACUACUGCAGAGGUGUUGUCGUGGCCGCGCGACCAAUCAGAGGAGAGCUCGCCCAAUCUCACGCGCUUCACUGAGCACUUCAACAAGAUGAGCUACUGGGCUCGAUCGCGGAUACUAGAGCAGGACGAGGCGCGCGAACGCGAAAAAUAUGCGAGCAAGUUCCUGAAGGUGAUGAAGGCGCUGCGCAAGUUGAACAACUUCAACUCGUACCUGGCGCUGGUGUCGGCGCUGGACUCGCCGCCCGUGCGCCGCCUGGGCUGGGCGCGCGGCGUGCUGGACGCGCUGCACGACCACUGCGCGCUCAUCGACUCCUCCUCCUCCUUCCGCGCCUAUCGCCAGGCGCUCGCCGACACGCAGCCGCCCUGCAUACCCUACAUUGGUCUAGUCCUCCAAGAUCUUACGUUUGUUCACAUCGGCAAUCAAGAUCUCUUGCCUGACGGCAGCAUCAAUUUUACCAAGAGGUGGCAACAGUAUCACAUCAUGGAGAAUAUGAAGAGGUUCCACAAAGACAGGCAGUACAAGUUCAAGCGUAAUGAGCGCAUCCAGGCGAUGUUCAACGAGUUCGAUGACGUGCUCAGCGAGGAGGCCAUGUGGCAGAUCUCCGAGAUCCUCAAGCCGCGCGCGGGCCGCGUGCGCGCGUCGCCCGCCUCCGCCUCCGCCUCCGCCGCCGCGCAGACCGCCGCCUGAAAUAUACUCACAGGUAAAGUUUAAUCCAAAGAAAAUGGACGCGUGGAUAUGCAAACAGGAGAAACACCGGGGAAUUGUAAGUUAGAAAAAAUGUGAUUAUCUGUCCUAAAAAGGCCUAAUUAAAUUUAGUGUAUUUAUUCAUAAAUUGUGCGAUUUCAUCUGUGAUCGGUCCGAGAGCGAAUGUGAUAUGCGUGGACAGAUCGUCAAGGGUGAGAUAGGUACGCGUAUUUUGCUUAAGGUUUAACGCUUUUCUUGUAAUCAUAUUUCAAAAUAUGGGGUUAUGGAAGUCUACUAUCUCUUAUCAGUAUUUGAAUCGAGUUACUGUCGUCUUUUACAUAUCAGUAUGUGACUUGCAUAGCGAACUAGUGACGAGAAACGCCUUGGUGUUAGGUAAUGUCCUCGAUGAAAUUCUUAUUAUACGAUUUGCCAUUGAUGUCAAUAUGUAUUACACAUAUAUAAGCCAGCUUCGAAAGUGACACUUCAUUACAUCGAAUUAUCGAAUUAGAGAAAUUUGAUAGUAGUUAUGGUAGUCAUACUACUGUUCGAUUAUAGUAACUUAGUCUGUCGGUAGACAUUUUUAAUAUUCUAAUUUUGAUGUCUGUUAAAUAUUUCACUUUGACAAGUUUUGUGUAUGGAUAUUGCAGCUUGAAUGCGUUCAGGUGUAUAUGAAAUGGGACAAUGCCUGUCGACAAAACCAAAGGUCGGUUUCUGAUAAAGUUAUAUAAUGCUUCAUUUCAUUGUACGGGGCUUCCAUAGUUUUAAAUAAAAUAAAUUAAUGUUCUUGACCCCGAAAUCAUAAGGAGAAAUUGAAUACAUACAAUAGAAAUAUUUUUAUACACCACACUACUUGUAUAAAUGCGUACAAAACAAACCAUACAUAUCAUUAAAAGUAUGUGCCAAAACGAACAUACCAGAAGUCCCAUUUCUAUAUAACUAGUCAAGUCAAUGUGGUUCGAUUGCUUAUUGCAAUUUAUGGUAUAAUUACUGUAAAUGUAAGAACGGGGUACCUGUAUAAGUAAGAUGCUAACAAUUAUGCGCCAUGACGGCCUGAAAGCUGGUAGUCUUAUUUGAUAACUAAAAGAACAAUAUCUGUGACCCGUUUCUAAACUAUUUUAAUAAAUUAUUUAAAAAUACGUGAUUUGAUUGGCGUUUGCUAAAUUAAACCAAAGCCGUUUCAUUCACGUUGAGGUAUUAAUGCAAUAUUUUUAUGUAUGUUCUUAAAAUAUGAGAAUUUGAAAUCAUAUUAUUAUUUUUGAUAUUAAGACAGAAGUUAUAUUUUUCCUAUAAAUUGCCACCUACAAGGAGGCAAAUGAUUUAUGAUCUACAUAAUUUUGAGAUCUAUACUUGUUUAUGUAAUAUUUAUCGUCACGAUUUGUGUAAUUUUACUCUGUAGGCUAUAAAAUCAAUAAUGACUUAAAAGCCAUAGUUAUAGAAAACUUUCAUUCAUGUUGGAGUACACUUUAUUUGAUGUAAGUAACUUAUAUAAUUACGAGUAAUAUAAUAAUGAGUAUAGUGCGAGUAUUACAAAUGUAACGCUAGGCAACAUCAUAAAUACAUUUCUUCACAUAUAAACUUUGAUUAUAUAUAUUAAAUAACUUCAUUAAAUUCUGCAUUGAAACAAUAACUUAUGUAUACGGUAAUUUGCCUGUCGAAAUCUCUGUAAGUAUUUUUAGUGUUGUCUAGUGUAAUCAGCAUUUAAUUUGCCUUAUGACGAUUGAGUCUUUAAUGAAAUAGCAAUAAAUUUUUAAUUGUUGGUAGAGUCGCUGCACAAAUUGUGAUACUGUUCAUGUAGCGUGCCGCUUAGUCCUGACCACACGGGUCCAAUGUUGUCCUGCUUUAAACGACUGCAACGAAAACAACACCCCGUCGAAAUUUUUAUAAAAGAUAUUUCCUUGUGGCCAGGACUUAUACUCAGUCUUUUGACGUCCUCUAUGCGUACGCGUAGGCAAUUAUACUAGGCGAAUGUUAGCAUUAAGCGUAAAUUAAACCCCAUUAAUAUUAACUAUUGAGUUCUGUGUUGUAUGCCGGCAUUAUAAUCAACAAAUACAUUAUUUCAUACAGCGUAAACAAAUAUUAUAUUUGCGAAGACAUCACACCUAAAUAAUGCUGGAAUACAACACACGCUUGGAGAGUAAAAUAAUGUAUUCUGCAUCGAUCUGGUAGUUCGUGUGUCGUUAAAGGGACAAAAGUUCCAUGCAAUAAAUAACUAGACCAAUAUUUAGAAUGUUUUACAUUACAGUGCUUUACUGAAUUUGUGUGCUGAUAUUUGUAUGUAUAAAUAAAUCAAUUUGAUUGUUAGUUAAGUUGGUAGGGUUACCAUUUUGUUGUCAGGUAUUAAAAUAUUAUUAUUUAUUUAGCGUACCUUUAUAAACUUACGUAAUGAUUUGAUAUAAUUAAUUAAUUAAUUGAAAUGUAUUUAAAGACUGCCUAAAUUAAUUAUUCAGUAUAAUUGACGUGUAAAUUAGUGAAUUAAUUGUUCCCAUUAAGUCUCAGUACAGUUUAUUCAUUUGAAAAUCUUUAUUGAUAGUUCUACAAAAUUUUGUGGGUUUUCCUAAUGAGGACAUUUUAUGUGCAUUUUUUUAGAAAACUGCACGUUUGUGAACAGCGUACAUAUUUUUAUGUUGUAUUAGCAAGUUCAGUAUUAUGUUAUAGAAUGGGUUGCCAUAAUGACUAUAAAAUGCAUUAUAUUAUUUGGUUAUUCUGGGAUCUAUUUUUACAUUUUAUAUUCUAAUGUUAAAUCUUACUUUUAAGUAAAGUUUUUUUUUUAUAUUAUAUUAAUUAUACGUGAAUGUAAAUUACUUUUACUGCGUUUAUUAUAUCCAAAUUUGCACACUGUAAUCUGAAUUGCAUGCAUGUACAGUCUUAUUGUGUGUGUCAAGUUUUUCUUUUGUAAUUAUUUUGUAAAAUAAAUAUGGCACGUUAUUUACAACAUAAA